CUUCCCUCCUGGGGGGGCCGUAUCCAGGUUGGGGGGCGCUGAAAGGCCUCAUCCCAGGGUCCCCCCUGGAGCCAGCAUAGCCAUUCGCGGUGACGAUGCGCCCCCCGGCGCCUCUAGCCGGGUGCUGCACCAGCCCCCACCACCCGGCUUCCAGAAAGCUCCCCUUGCAUUCCGCGGCAUUCUUUGGGCGUGAGUCAUACAGGUUUGCAGCCAGCCCCCAAGGGGGUGUGUGCGAGCCCAGCAAUAUAAAUACGGCGCCUCCCGGUGCUCACCACGCGGCGUCGCCAGAAGGAGUGCUCGGGCGCCGGGUGCCGCUGACCGGGUUCUUGUUUCCUCCACUGGAUGCUGCUGUCCUGCGGUCCCUCCCUCCUUGCACUUCCUGCCAUCGCUUUCUUUUGAGAGGCGUGCGAGGACUCAGAAUCAGAGGCAUGAUGAAGACUCUGCUGCUGUUUGUGGGGCUGCUGCUGACCUGGGAGAGUGGGCAGGUCCUGGGGGACCAGUCGGUCUCCGACAAUGAGCUCCAGGAAAUGUCCGAUCAGGGAAGUAAAUAUGUCAAUAAGGAAAUUCAAAAUGCUGUCAACGGAGUGAAAGAGAUCAAGACUCUCAUAGAAAAAACAAAUGAAGAGCGCAAGACACUGCUUAGCAACCUAGAGGAAGCCAAGAAGAAGAAAGAGGAUGCCCUAAAUGAGACCAGGGAAUCAGAAACAAAGCUGAAGGAGUUUCCAGGAGUGUGCAAUGACACCAUGACGGCCCUCUGGGGAGAGUGUAAGCCCUGCCUGAAACAGACCUGCAUGAAGUUCUACGCACGCGUCUGCAGAAGUGGCUCAGGCCUGGUUGGCCGCCAGCUCGAGGAGUUCCUGAACCAGAGCUCGCCCUUCUAUUUUUGGAUGAAUGGUGACCGCAUCGACUCGCUGCUGGAGAACGACCGGCAGCAGACGCACAUGCUGGACAUCAUGCAGGACCGCUUCAGCCGUGCCUCCAGCAUCAUGGACGAGCUCUUCCAGGACCGGUUCUUCGCCCGGGAGCCCCAGGACACCUACCACUACCUGCCCUUCAGCCUGCACCACCGGAGGCCUCACUUCUUCUUUCCCAAGUCCCGCAUCGUCCGCAGCUUGAUGCCCUUCUCUCCAUUCGAGCCCCUGAACUUCCACGCCAUGUUCCAGCCCUUCCUUGAGAUGAUACACGAGGCUCAGCAGGCCAUGGACGUCCCCUUCCACAGCCCAGCCUUCCAGCACCAGUUCCCGGAAUCCAUACAAGAAGGUGACGAUGACCGAGCCGUGUGCAGGGAGAUCCGCCACAACUCCACAGGCUGCCUGCGGAUGAAGGACCAGUGUGACAAGUGCCGCGAGAUCUUGUCUGUGGACUGUUCGGCUGACAACCCCUCCCAAGCUCAGCUGCGGCGGGAGCUCAACGACUCCCUCCAGAUGGCCGAGAUGUUGACCAGGAAGUACAACGAGCUGCUGCAGUCCUACCAGUGGAAGAUGCUCAACACCUCCUCCCUGCUGGAGCAGCUCAACGAGCAGUUUAGCUGGGUGUCCCGCCUGGCAAACCUCACGCAAGGCGAAGACCAGUACUAUCUGCGGGUCACCACGGUGGCUUCCCACACCUCUGACUCGGACGUUCCUUCUGGUGUCACUGAGGUGGUCGUGAAGCUCUUUGACUCUGACCCCAUCACUGUGACGGUCCCUGUAGAAGUUUCCAGGAAGAACCCUAAAUUCAUGGAGACUGUGGCAGAGAAAGCGCUGCAGGAAUACCGCAAGAAGCACCGGGAGGAAUGAGAGGUGAAUGUUGCUUUUGCACCCACGGGGGCAUCUGAGUCCAGCUCCCCCUGAGAUGAGCUGCAGCCCCCCAGAGAGAGCUCUGCAUGUCACCAAGUCACCAGGCCCCAGCCUCCUGGCCCCAACCUCGCCCAGCCUCUCCCUUCUCUGGAUCCUGCACUCUAAUAUCCGCUGCUCAUGGGAAGAAAAGACUUGCUCCUGCAUGCAACUAAUUCAAUAAAACUGUCUUGUGAGCUGA